AUGGGUAGAGGUAGAAGUUACAGUCGUAGCCCAGAUAUGGUUCGAACGUGGGGCAGCCGGAGCCGCAGCAGAAGCCGCAGCAGAAGCCAGAGCCGCGGUCGCAGUAGGAGCUGGAGCAGGAGCAGGAGUCGCAGCCGAAGCCGGAGUUGGUCGAGGGGCCGGAGCCGUAGCUAUAGCCAGAGCCCUAGCCGGAGCAGGAGCCGGAGUCGCAGCCGCAGCUAUGAAAGAAACAGGAGGCCUCGUGUUUCCAAAUUUGAUCAGAAAGAACCGGAUGCUUCAGGCCUCGGUGCCCCUCCUGUGUCGGAAACUUCACUUGCACCUCCGGUUAUGCCACCGGAUACAUUUUCAGGCGUUGAGCCGGCUGGGGAUCUGCCUUUGGUUGCUGAGACAAUGAAUGUGCCUCCUGUGACUGAGGCAGAGCCUUCAGUGGCAGAGCCAUGAAUUUUGAUUUUGGCGUUUUCUGGUAGCCAUUCAUCUUCUUUCAGGUCAUUGGUUCCAAAUUUUGCUUUUACGCGAUGCAGCUUAGUGAAGGAUUGGCCAAUACAUGAAUACCUGAAGUCGCUGUCGUGCAUGGGGAUGAAUUUAAUAGCUGGAUGUCAAGUAUUGCGUGGGAUGUUGUGGGUGUAGGUCAUUGUAGUAGUGCACUGAGUAACUUAUCAGCUGUGAUAGAGCUCGGAAUCAAGGAGGGGUUUCUUCCUUUUGCCGGAUUCAAGGGGUGCCCGUGCCGAAGUGGGACUUUAGGUAAUAGUUGGUCUGAUACUUGGUGGUGGGAUUUUUGUAUUCAGGAUUCAGGAAGCAGCUAGCUAUUGCAUUCUCUGUUUCAUAA